AUGCGGCUUUACAGUGACGGUGUCGGCCGCAUCUCCAGGCUUGAAAUCUCCGCAUUCCAGCUCACACCACAGAAGGAGGAAACCAUGGCGAUUACACACUAUUGGCUGCUGCUGUCUCUGCUGCACUGGCAUGAGUGUGUCACAGGAGAAGUGCGAACCAUCAGUCCAUACAUCAAACACUAUGAAGGCUUGUCCUACAACAGAGGAAAGCUUCACAAGCAGCACCUGAGACCCAGGAGGUCCACACAUCCCCAGGACACAGCUCUGCAUUUGGACUUUAUUGCGUUCCAAAGACCAUUUCGCCUGCGAUUGAGACGAGAUGUGGCCAGUUUUUCUGAAAACUUUAGCGUGAUCAGUGGAAAUGGCUCUACUCCAGCAGAUCUUUCCCACUUAUACACAGGGACUAUAGAAGGUGAAAAUGGGUCAUCCUGCCACGGCUCUGUCAUCCAGGGCCAGUUUGAAGGCACCAUACACACGUCCAAAGGAACUUAUUAUGUAGAACCGAUGGAGAGAUACCAGAACACAACAGACCAUCAUUCUGUUAUGUACCAUGAAGACGAUCUGGAGCUUCCAUCCAAACGAAGCAAAUAUGGAGGAUUUUGUGCUGCAGAAAAUCUAUCUGACCUUGGACCCACAGCAAGCGAAGAGGCAGCGAUGAGCCGCUCCAGGAGAACAGUGGACGAUUCAAAGACCAGUUGCCUGCUUCACUUCCACGCAGACUACCUGUACUUCAAGAGGUUCAAGUCUGUGGAGGCUGUAGUGGCUCAGAUUGCAUCAUAUAUACGAGCAGUGAAUGACAUUUAUGACAAGGUGGACUUUGAUGGGAUUAAGUUGGUCAACUUCAAAGUCAAGUCUCUUCAAGUGAUGACUGAAGAGGAUCUGAAGGACCCCCUGCAGCGGAUCUACAUCGGUCCAGAGAAGCUGCUCAGUGUUUACUCUGAAUAUAACUGGGGAAACUACUGUCUGUCCUACCUGCUCACCAACCGGGACUACAGUGGGGUGCUGGGCCUGGCCUGGGAGGGCAAGACAGGUAACUGGGGAGGUAUCUGUUCGGACUACAUGAAGCUGAGAAAUGGCAAGUACUCCACCCUGAACACCGGUCUGGUUACGAUUCAGAACUACGGACAGUUCCAGCCCCUGCGACAGGUGCAGCUGACCCUCGCACACGAGCUUGGGCACAGUUUGGGAGCACCGCAUGAUGAGGGGUCUAAUUGUGGAAACCUGGGUUCAUCAGGAGGAAAAGGACGGUUCCUGAUGUUCCCCCAUGCCUCAGAUGAGGUCCGGGAGAACAAUGACAAGUUCUCACCCUGCAGCAUCAAAAAGAUCAGUAAAAUCCUGAAUCUGAAGAAAGAUGACUGCUUUAUGGUCAGUGAUCAGCCCAUCUGUGGGAACCUGCUUGUGGAGGAGGGUGAGGAGUGUGAUGUCGGCCACAACGACACAGACCUGUGCUGCUACAGCGCAAAGGAGCGCCUCGGACUCCAGUGUCGCCUGAAGCCUAAUCAACAUUGCAGUCCAAGCCAAGGCUUGUGCUGUGGGGCAGACUGUGGAUACAAGCCCCUGGGUCUGGUGUGUGAUGAAGAGACAGACUGUCAGAAAGAGAGUGUGUGUUCGGGACAGUCCCCUCUCUGCCCUGUGCCCAGCCCCAAAGACAACCUCACCGUCUGCAGCCAGGGCACCCGGGUGUGUCAGAGCGGGGUGUGUGUGGAGUCUGUGUGUAUCCGCUACAAGUUGGAGCAGUGCGACUGUCCUGGAGACUCCAUGAAGGACAAAUGCCACAUGUGCUGCCAGCAGCCCGGUGACCCGCAGACAUGUGCCAGCACCACCUCUUCAGUCCUGUCCCGUCACUUCCAGAGGAAAUCCCUCCCUCUCAUGAGCGGCGCCCCAUGCUCAGCCAAUCAGGGGUAUUGUGAUAAGUUUCAGGUUUGUCGCCUGCUGGACGCCGACGGCCCCAUCGCCAGGCUCAAAAACUCCUUUCUGCACCUGGAUGAAUUUAAGGACUUGGGAGAGUGGAUGAAGGUGUACUGGUGGGCCAUCCUGGUGGCCGUGGCCUCGGUGUCUGCGGUGAUGAGCUGUAUCAUCUGUCUCUGCAGCCGGACCCUGGACACCAGUCUUCUGAGACAUUGCAGAAAGUGGAGAGCUGUGCGUGUCGUGGAAAAAGUUCUGUCAUCUGUGGAGUCACACAACACGCCCAGUGUUGUCUGCACCUGUCACACUGCGAAGAGGAAAGACUUUACUUCGGCGUCUGUGACCAGAAAUACAAUGAUUUGUGGGGCACACUUCAAACAGGAGGAUUAUGUGAGCAGUGAUCGGAUGGCAAUGGAGAUGGGCUUCAAAACCUCCAGCCAAGUGAAGCUGGUUGGUGGCGCAGUUCCCUCUCUUCAUGCAGCCUGUCUGUCUGCUAACGGCGCUAAUGUUGCUAGUCCUGCUAGAGAAGAAGCACAUCUGCAGCUGAUAAGCGUUGGCUCUCUACAAUUCUGA